GCUUUCAUCCUCAUUGCAAGUUUAAAGCCUUAAGAAUGCAGUCAAAAUACAGCUGAAAAUUGGUUUGAGGUUUCUCUGCUGUUUGUAAAAGUAAGAGGAGAAGAAAAAAAUACAGCUAGUAGCUGAGCUAAAGGGCAAUGGUGCUAAAUCUUAUACUGAGGUUGUUACUACUAAUAGGGGUAUUAGCCUCUGAAACAUGGACCCAAGAUGGGCCAGGCUUCAUGAGCUCAGAGUGCCUGGGGAGCCUCUUGAGGAUCACACUGAGUGCCGAUUACUUUGAUGACAAGUAUCUGACCUUUGCUGCUGUUGACCAGUUUGGCACGAUCUGGGAGAUAGAUGAGGCUCUGGCAUCACAGUGUGGCUACACAAUAGUCUACUACUACUGGGGUACUAUUGAAUUCCGUGCUUCCAUUUUAAGCUGCUAUUCUCAUAUUGAGGGUGAUGUGUUCACAGUAACUGUGCAAAUCAAAGUGUCUACUAAUCCUGACAUGAAAAAUGCUGCAACUCACUCAAAAACUGUGAGCUGUCUUUAUGAUUCAUGGCGUCCAAGAGAGCUAAUAUGUGAAACAAACUACAUGGAGGUGUCUGUUAGGAGGAAAGUACCACAGAUCAUGCCAGAGAUGAUCGAGGAUGAACCUGAGGACUGGGCUCUAGCUUUUCCAGAGGCAAGGGAAGGCACAGCUUCUCUCUGGCAAAUUGUGUUUCAUCUGCCUGCUGGAAAAAAAGCUCUGCUUGUGAGCGAUGCUAAGGAUGCUGGCUAUGGACUCAACACAACUGAUACCAGGAUUUUGCUGCGAGUACCAUACAGUGCUGCAGAAGCUCAGCUGGUCAAGGUUCAAGGAGUAACCUUUUCUGCUGUGAGAUCAAGUACGUUCUACAAGCAGCGAUGGAUGAUCUUUAUGGCAGACACAGCUGUGGCAUGUCCAAUAGAUGGUGUGGACUACACUAAUGAUACAAUCACAUGGAGUGUUCCAAAAAAUGUUCAUCCCCUGUCUGCUGGAGCUACUGGUUUUGAGGAUGUGCUCGUUGAAGUUGGAGUGGAUCUGCACAAACUCUCUCCCACAGAAAUUGCUUCCAGGAAGUACGUUGUAUUAAAUGACAGUGAUGUAAUUACCAUCAAGAUACCCAUAGGUGCAGAAGGUGGCUACUACAAGACUCAUGUAAGUGAUGGAGAACAUGGGACAAAAUAUAUCAUCAACAUGAUUUUGGAACAUCAGUGGCAAGAUAACAGGUGGGGAGUAACGAAACAUACCAUAAUUAAGAAAAUUGAAACUCCGUUUAAACACGUACAACUUAACUUGGUUAACAAUACCGAUUAUAACACCAGGCUGGUCAAUGCGACCAUUGGAAUAUUCCUCCCAGAUGUGGAAUUGGUGAACUUCACCAUAGAAACGACAACAGUAUCUGUUCCUGAAGCUUUUCAGUAUGGCUAUGAGAUCUAUGAGACUAGAUAUCCUAAUGGAACUAAGAGCUACACAAUAGAAGCUGCAUUUGAUGUGCCUAGCAUUAAAAAAGAGUACAUGACUGAGGAGUCAAGAAUAUACACUCUAAACGUUACACUUGGAUUCAUAAUAUAUCCGACAAGUCAGACGUUCACUGUUCCCGUCAUAAUUGUUUCUGUUGUCAAGGAUGCUGUAUUGCCUAGUGCAAGAGGAUUUUGUGAUGGGGAAAACCUUUAUCUGACAGUUAUUCGUGGAAAUGUGGAUCAGAACUGGCUUCCAUUCAUCUCAAACUUGUACUUGUCACCAGACGCUGCCCAAAAGCACAACUAUGGAUUGAAUGAUAAUGGCACACACUUCACAGUUCGUGUCCCUCUUCAUGCCCCUCAUGUGCUGUAUGAGGAUAUUCAUCCCUUGGGAAUAAUGACUUCAUUUCAUCUCACAAUGAAGGAUGACAACAGCCUGGCAGUUAUGAGAGACUUCUCAAUUUCCUGUAGAUUCUCUACUAAAGAAUUAAUAGAUUGUCAGUCCAAUGGAACGAUGACUGUCACUGCAAUUAAACUGGCAGGAAUUGAAGACCUGGACACAAGCUUGUUUGUCUUGAGAGACCAACAGUGCAAGCCUGCUUUGGUGACAGAGAGGGCUGCAACUUUCAUUUUCAAUGUAAACAACUGUGGAACAACUAGAAAGUUUGAGAACACCGUUAUGACCUAUGAAAAUGAUGUGCUCUACUUCAGACCUGACAGCAACGUGCCAGUGUAUAAAUUGAAAUGUAUUUGUCAGUAUAUGAUAAAUGAGACUAUCCUGGUACGGUAUGGAGUUAAAAACAACCCAGCACCCAGUAUUGAGCCAGGGUUUGGAUCCCUUGCUCUGAUCUUUAGGCUGUUCAAAGACAGAACCUAUUCUGAAGCCUACAAGGAAGUGGACUAUCCUGUAGCAAAAUUCUUGAAGGAGGCCCUGUACUUUGAGAUUGAACUACUCAAUUCUGAAGAUCCACAGCUAGAGCUACAGCUGGAAGACUGCUGGUCUACAAAUUCCCAAGAUGGAGGCAGUCGUCCACAGUGGGCUAUUAUUACAAAUGGCUGUGAAAACUCUGAAGACUCUUAUCAAACCAUCUUUCACAAUGUAUAUCACAACUCAGGAAUUAAGUUUCCCAAGCAUCUGAAAAGAUUUGAAGUGAAAAUGUUCACUUUUAUGCAGGGCACAAAAGCACUCCUGGAACAGCUGUACUUCCACUGUAGAGUGAUAAUCUGUGAUGCUAGACAGCCAACAUCAGACUUCCUUUGUGCGAGGAGAUGUAUUCCCAGAAGAGAGCGGCUUGGUAGGUAUAGGUGA